AGAGAGAGAGAGAGAGAGAGAGAGCUCCAGAACCAAAACACAAAACCACUAAAAGCCUGAAGACGUAUAAUCAUGUCGAUCAUGAACAUCCUUCCCGUUCCUCAAUCCCACGAUGGGUCGUUUUAUGCAACGAACAACCCGUAUCAGUUGAAUGGUCCAAGAGGGUUUUCGGAGUUCAGGAUGAUGGAAGAGAACGAAGAUCUGUUCGUGAGGUUAGAUUUCCCAGGAAUCACGAAAGAGAGUAUCAAGAUCCUUGUCGAGCCAUUGAAGAAGGCUGUUUUCGUGUUCGGAGACGCACCCAAGGAGCUCAAUCACGAUUCUUCUCACCGGAAAUAUGGAACCGCCACGGGUCUUGUCUGUGAUUGCUGUGAACUAAGCAACAUUCAAUGUUUUGUUGGAGACGGUGUCGUGAGGCUCAUUCUUUCCAAGAAGAAGAUCAAUCUUCACGUCCCUUCCUCAUGUUACUUUGGAGGUGCCAUAGUGCCUAUCACUCCCCCUCACUUUGCUCACAUAAUAUAUGGCUAUAACCCACAAGUAUAUCUGACAUUUUUCCUGGUAUGUGUUGAUUCACCUGUUGCAGCUGCAGGUGGCCAUCCUCUUGCUCAUCUUCGUGGACAAAACCUAGAAGGUCGCCGUGCCACUGACCCACUCGAUCCGACGUUAACGGGUCGGGUCAUACAGCCGCAUCCGUCAGUGUUGGAGGGACCCACGAGUGCGUACGAGUUUAAGCAGCUCCAAAACGGUGGUUUGUUUCUGCGUAUAGACAUGCCCGGUGUCCCUCACGACAACUUCACGGUGUCUAUUGAAGGCGACGGCACCGUCACCGUCAUCGGACGAGCCCCUCCGGUGUUGUUCGACUCGAGUGGGCGUGAGUACGGAGGAAAGGUCGCCAUCCUCCCUAGAAACUAUGACAGCCGUCGGAUCAAAACAAUCGCCAAGCACGGUGUCAUCCGCCUCAUCAUCCCUGCUUACUAAUUUCAGUGCAUCUUCAUGUUUUUGGCAUUAUUCAUAUCUGCUUUUGGAUUUUCGAAUAUUUUAUCAACAUUAAUUAAGACGUUCAUCUAAAUUAAUAUGUACGUAGGUAGGAUAAUAGCGCCCGAAAGUUGAUUCAAAAUGCGAAGGAAAUUAAAA